GAAGUUGAAUGUAGUGAUUGAAACAACUAUAUUUAUUCUCAAAUUCCAUAUCUAUCUCUGCAACACUGAAACCACUUUGUCUGUCCCCUAACCCCCCUGACCUUUUUGUUCACCGGAACAACAAUGGUUACAGUUGUUUACCCUCUCCCUCUUUCUUUCCCUUUCAACACCACCUAAAUACCCCCACCCCACUCUACACAUCUCAAUCCUCCAUUCAUCAAUCAUGAUCUUUCACUUCUUCACACUUGUUCUCUUCCUUUCUUCAGCCUCAGCUCUCAACUCUGAUGGAAUCCUUCUUCUAGCCUUCAAAUACUCGAUUCUAUCCGACCCGCUUUCAGUUCUCGACAACUGGAACUACGACGACCCGACUCCAUGCUCAUGGAGGGGUGUCACUUGUGAAGAUGUAUUCGGGUCGGGUUUUACCGUUACCAGCUUGAUGCUUGCAGGUUCACAUCUUCUUGGCUCGGUUCCUCAGGAGUUAGGAAUGAUCCCGCAUCUUCGUUCGCUUGAUCUGUCUAAUAAUUCGUUGAAUGGGAGCUUACCCGCUUCGAUUUUCAAUUCUUCUGAACUCGAAUCGCUUUCUUUGUCCUCUAAUGUCAUCUCUGGUGAGCUUCCAGAUAUGAUAAGUGGGUUGGCCGGUUUAAAGUUGCUUAAUCUUUCGGAUAAUGCGUUUGCUGGGAAGUUACCUGAGAAUCUGGCAACAUUGAAGAACUUAAUGUCGGUUUCGUUGAAGAAUAACUAUUUCUCUGGGAGGCUUCCAGGCGGGUUCGAUUAUGUCGAGUAUUUGGAUCUGUCUUUUAAUUUGUUAAAUGAGACUCUUCCUGAUGAUUUUGGUGGGGAGAGGUUGAGUUUCUUGAAUCUUUCGAAUAAUAAGUUUUCUGGGACAGUGCCACUGGCGUUUGCUGGAAAAAUACCAGCAAACGCCAGUGUUGAUCUCUCGUUCAACGUUCUCACCGGUGAAAUCCCUCACUUAUCGUCGUUGGCUCGACAGAAAACUGAGUUUUUCGCCGGGAACGUUGAUUUGUGUGGGAAACCACUUGGCAAAAUGUGCACCAUCCCUUCAUCAUUGUCAACCCCACCAAAUGUCACUUCUAAUGGCUCCGCGACUGCUGCGAUUGCAGCCAUUCCGAAAAACAUAGACCCGUCUUCGUCGUCACCGGCAACAUCUGGACCACCGUCCGUGGCGGAUGCCCACGGUGGCAGUAAAGUCAAGCCAGCAAAAAUAGUAGCCAUUGUCGCCGGAGAUUUGGCUGGUAUCGGUCUUCUCGCCAUUCUUUUCCUCUACGCGUACAAUAUACGAAAGAAAAAAAUGAACCAAAAUGGAAACCCGACGGAUAAACCGGAAACCAAGAUCCAAGAAACCACGAUUUCGAAAGAUGUUGCUACAACCAAAGCCCAAUCCACAGCUUGCUCAUGUUUGAAUGGUGUUAACGGAGACGAAUCAUCCGAAGCGGCUACGGGCUCCGACAGUGAUCACGAGAGCGACAAUCUGACGGUCGAAAGGAAGGAUGAACCGAAACAAAAGUGUUUGGUGAUGGUGGACGGGGAGACUGAGCUGGAAAUCGAGACGUUGUUGAAGGCUUCGGCGUACGUCUUGGGUUCAAGCGGGUCGAGUAUAGUGUACAAGGCGGUGCUGGGCGGCAACUGCGGCGUUGGAGGCAUGGCGUUUGCGGUUCGGAGGAUCGGAGAGAGUGGAAUAGAGAGGCUGAGGGAGUUUGAAAACACAGUAAGGAUCAUAAGUAAGGUGCGUCACCCAAAUUUGCUAAGAGUUCGAGGGUUUUAUUGGGGUGAAGAUGAAAAGCUUGUUAUCUAUGAUUAUAUCUCGAAUGGAAGCUUGGCUGGAGUUGGUUACAAAAAAGUUGGUUCAUCUCCAUACAACAUACCAUUUGAGGUUCGGCUCAAGAUAGCAAAAGGGGUUGCUAUGGGAUUAGCAUAUAUUCAUGAGAAGAAACAUGUACAUGGUAACAUAAAACCAAGCAACAUCCUCUUGACUUUGGAAAUGGAUCCAAUAAUUAGCGAUUUCGGGGUAGAAUGGCUAAUAUCAGGUAAACACAACUACAAAGCAAAGGGAUCAAACCGACACUUUGGUAGCAAACGAUCAAUAUCAUCGCGUGAAGAGAUGAUGAUUCAUCAUGAUUAUCAUCACUCGGCUAAUAGUAGCCCUUAUAUGGCUCCAGCUUCGGGGCUACUUGGGUGCACGUCUCCAUACCAUGCCCCAGAAUCGAUGAAAAGCCUCAAGCCCAACCCAAAAUGGGACGUUUACUCAUUUGGGAUUGUGUUACUCGAACUCAUAUCAGGGAAGGUUUUCUCGGAAAGGGAGUUAGGACAAUGGUAUGCUGACUCAUCAAGUAUUGAAGAUGAGAAGUCGAUUUUAAGACUAGCUGACAUGUCUAUCAGGGCAGACACUAAUGGAAGACGUGAUGCGACACUUGCAUGUUUUAAGCUCGGGUUUAGUUGUGCAUCAUUGAGCCCACAAAAGAGACCUUCCAUGAAAGAGGCAUUGCAAAUACUUGAAAAGAUACCAUCCACAUCUUUUCAAUGAUGAAUUAUGCAACACAAAAGCCCAAAAAGCAACUAAUGGCAUUAAAAGGGGUUAAAGGGCAUAACUUUGGACCUUUUGACUUGAAGAUUUGUAUCAGAAUGAAGAUCCAAGGGAUGAUUGAUGAAUGUUGAUAGUUGAUUCCAAAAGUAUUGUAUGUUUUUGACCUUUUAAUUAAUAAAAAAGUAGUGUGUAUUCCUUAAGUAAUAAGUAAAAUUUAAUAUUUGAUCUC